AUGAGUGAUACCAGGGCAGUCGUUGCCGGCUCGUCUUUUGACACCUCUGCGCCAGUCAAUUCCUUCAUGACCGAAUCUGCAUCGGUAUCGACUUCACAGGGAGCUGCUUCAUUGAGCUCUGCAUUCGAGAUGAAAACUGCCUCCCCCGAGAACACGAUUCACAGUUCUUGUGAGGCAGGUAAUCCGUGUAUUGGUAGUAUGACAUUUUAUGAUACAGCCGACACGCCUUCCCACCCCAGUUCAUGUGGUACCGUCAACAAUGGCGGUAGUUCGGAUGUUUUGGCAUUAUCUCAACAUGUUAUGACUGAUGAGCAUUGUGGGAAACAGGUCACUGUCGAGUACCAUGGGAUUUUUGCCCAAGGCAUAGUCGUUGAUAAGUGUAUGGGGUGCGAUAAAAACUCCAUUGAUGUCUCACGACACUUGUUCAACCAGCUUGCAGAUGCGGACCAAGGCAACAUACAUGGCGUGAAAUGGUACAUUGAUUAG